CUUCUGGGAGAAUCUUGCGGUGCCGGAGACAUUUUGGAUUUAAAGGGGCUGAGCUAGCCGUCAGUCCUAGCUCUUGGUUUCCCUAAUCUUACAUAGAAUAUGUCCAUCAUGGUGUAUCCAAGAGAAGAGAAGCUGGAGAAGCUUACUCAGGAAGAGAUCAUCUCCAACACCAAGCUGGUGAUCCAGGGUCUGGAGGCCCUGAAGAACGAGCACAACUCCAUCCUCCACAGCCUCCUGGAGACCAUCAAGUGCCUAAAGAAGGACGAAGAGGCCAACCUGGUGCACGAGAAGUCCAACCUGCUCCGCAAGUCUGUGGAGAUGAUCGAGCUGGGCCUGGGAGAAGCGCAGGUGAUGAUGGCCCUGUCCAACCACCUGAACGCGGUGGAGUCGGAGAAGCAGAAGCUGCGUGCGCAGGUGAGGAGGCUCUGCCAGGAGAACCAGUGGCUGCGCGACGAGCUGGCCAACACCCAGCAGAAGCUGCAGAAGAGCGAGCAGAGCGUGGCCCAGCUGGAGGAGGAGAAGAAGCACCUGGAGUUCAUGAACCAGCUCAAGAAGUACGACGAGGACGUCUCGCCCACUCAGGAGGAGAAGGACCGAGAAACACCAAAGGACUCCCUGGAUGACCUCUUCCCCAACGACGAGGAGGAGCACGGGCAAGGAAGUCAGCACCAACACAACAGUGCGGCGGUGGCAGCGGCUCAGCAGGGGGGCUACGAGAUCCCUGCCCGCCUGAGGACCCUGCACAACCUGGUGAUCCAGUACGCCUCCCAGGGCCGCUACGAGGUGGCUGUCCCUCUCUGCAAGCAGGCUCUGGAGGACCUGGAGAAGACCUCUGGACACGACCACCCCGACGUGGCCACCAUGCUCAACAUCCUGGCCCUGGUCUACAGGGAUCAGAACAAAUACAAAGAGGCCGCCCAUCUGCUCAACGAUGCCCUGUCCAUCCGUGAGAAAACCCUGGGCAAAGAUCACCCCGCUGUUGCUGCGACGCUGAACAACUUGGCUGUGCUGUACGGAAAGAGGGGGAAGUACAAGGAGGCCGAGCCGCUGUGCAAGAGGGCUCUGGAGAUCAGAGAGAAGGUCCUGGGGAAGGACCACCCAGAUGUGGCCAAGCAGCUGAACAACCUGGCUCUGCUCUGCCAGAACCAGGGCAAGUACGAGGAGGUGGAGUACUACUACUGCCGGGCCCUGGAGAUCUACGAGAGCAGGCUGGGGCCAGACGAUGCCAACGUGGCCAAGACCAAGAACAACCUGGCGUCCUGCUUCCUCAAACAGGGGAAAUACAAGGAGGCUGAGAUUCUGUACAAAGAGAUUCUGACUCGUGCUCAUGAGAAAGAGUUUGGAUCUGUUGAUGCUGAGAACAAGCCCAUCUGGAUGCAUGCAGAGGAAAGAGAGGAGAGCAAGGGCAAGCACAGAGACAACACUCCCUACGGAGAGUACGGAGGCUGGUACAAGGCCUGCAAAGUCAACAGCCCGACAGUGAACACCACCCUGAGGAAUCUGGGGGCCCUGUACCGCCGGCAGGGCAAGCUGGAGGCUGCUGAGACCCUGGAGGAGUGCGCUGUGAGGUCUCGCAAGCAGAGCAACACAGGCAUCGACCCCAUCCACCAGACUCGUGUGGUGGAGAUCCUGAAGGAUACAGACGGCGACAGGCGGAGGAGCAGGGAGAGCCUGAGCAGCGUUAAGUAUGAGAGCGGCUCUGAGACCGGAGAGGAAGCCUAAGCCAUCAAGAUUAUUCCUCCAUCCUUCUCUCCUUCCCCAACACAAUAGCAAAAAGGAAGUGUGUUGUCGUUCCCUCUGGCCUCCUCUGUCCCAACAAAGCAACAGCUCCUCUGCCCCCUCCCGGUGCCAGCAGAGACACAGAAAGCCCCCCCCCCCCCCCCACCCUCUCGCGGCUGCCAUCUCUGCCCCCCCCCCACCCUGCUGGGACGUUUUGGUCUUCUCAUCUCGGCUCUCUCUCUUCCUUUCACCCUCGAUCCUUUCCCUCUCACUAACCCUGUGUCGAAAGGCUUUUCUUCUCUCUCUGUAACAUAAAAAAAUCAUUGUGUGUGUGUGUGUGUGUGAAAUCUCCUUCCCUGUGAGGAAGCCACUCGCACAUCUUUUUCCUCUCUCCAACACACAUUUGUAAUUUUUCCUAGCUGCAUAGUAGAUUUAUUUGGCUGGAUAAGGGGAGCAGGAAGGUUAUUUAUUGGAAGAAGGCAAAAGAUGAUUUGAGGAGGUGUUGACAAGAAGUAACGGUUAAGAGUCAAUGUAAUUCAAAACUGCUGUGCUUGGUCUCAAUCUGCUUAACAAAUGAAAGGUGACCUCAAAGCUAGCUUCCAACCUGUUGCCUGUGUUUAGCCUCAUUUUAUUCAGUUUUUAAAGUUUUUUUUUAGUCGUUGGUGAGUUUUGAGUUCUUCCCAAUAAUGAGAUCAAACGCUUAAGCAGCUUAGAAAUAAAUGGUACUGUAUAGUUUCACAUGCUAAUCCAAAUAUCUAAUUUCUUGUUAACAUCUGAAAUGAGAAGGGAGCAUUGCCAUUUUGUUUUUUUUAUAGAUUUAUUUCCUUUUUAAUUUGUAUCAUUUUGUUUACAUUUUUUUAAAGUGUUGAUUCUUUUGUGGCUGAAUAUUAAGGCAGUAGUUUGUGCCGCAGUGUGAAAAAGACCAGAAGGGCCGACAUCAGUCGAAAGCAAAUUGUCAGAUCACAGCAAGCUGUUGCCAUGGCAAUUCAUGUUCAAGUCGCUCGCUCUGGUGUCCUUGGUUUGAUUGAGUAUUCACGCAGGCUCUACGCUUGAACAAUAUAUACACAGUAGCUCACAUUUACAAAGGGAAUUAGCAAUGUUAGCGACUGUUGUAAAGCUAAUGCGACGCUAGAGACCAACGAGCACGGACACUGGCCACCUGAGAGAUUGCUUAAUAUUAGUAAAUCCAAGAUAAUGGCUGUGAAAUGCCCAGAAUUGCCUUUUUAUUUGUCAGUGCAGUAUUAGAAGCUUUGGAUUCCACAGUAGUUUAGUGUGUAUUGGUGUAUGUGUUGGUGGUACAGUCCACUCUGGCUAUUUUGAACACGAAGCUUAAUGGAGUGUGUUGCCUUUUGUUUUUGUUACAGUCGUUUGCAAAGUAAACAUUGUCACUCUGGUGAAUCAUGUUUUUAGACAACCGAAAAAAAAGUGCAGUGAGAGUGUUUCCUCAAGAUCAACAUAUUGUUAUUUCAGAUGUUUAACUAACUGAAUGUAAAAUGACUUCUUUAAAAAGUGUAAGUGUAGGCUGUAUUUCUAGAUCUGUGCAUUCAUUAUACGGCUUUUCGGUAUGCUACUUGAUUCUUCAUUCCUUCCAAUGAGUACACCUUUACUUCUAAUGCAACUGAACAAAAGGAAUUGACUAUGUACAUCACAUAAUUAUGACAAUAUUGUUGUGUUAGUGGAAUGCUUAUUUAUUGAACUGUCUAUUCUCGACAUAUAUAUAUAUAGUGUGACUUCAGUUUCCCAAAGUGGAAUUACAUUAAUUGUAAGGUCUAUAAGCACUAUCUUAGUAUAAGUAGGACUGCAUUAUAUUUACCAUUCUGCAUUGUGAAGAUUAUUGCAUCAACACUUGUUGGUAUUCUCAAAUAAAAGUUUUUCAUUUGUGGAG